AUGCCUUCCUCUCCCGUGUUCCGGGACUCGUCUCCGGCCUAUGGGGCGAUUCGCCGGAGAUCCCGGUUCACCUACAAGCAGCUGGGAUCCUUGGCGUCCUAUUCCACCACAUCCCCUCUGCGAGUGAUCGCUCAUAUCGAUCUCGAUGCGUUCUACGCUCAGUGUGAGAUGGUGCGGCUUGGGACACCGGAAGACCAGCCCCUCGCGGUUCAACAAUGGCAAGGCCUCAUCGCUAUCAACUAUCCGGCACGCACAUUUGGCAUCGGACGGCACUGUACUGUCACGGAAGCUCGCAAGUUGUGUCCUCAGCUUAUUGCGCAGCAUGUAGCGACCUGGAAGGAAGGAGAGGAGAAAUGGGCCUACCACGAAGACGCAGCAUCUCAUAUUGGAACACACAAAGUUUCACUGGAUCCCUACAGGCUCCAGUCGAGGAAAAUCCUUGCUCUCAUCAAGGACUUCUUACCUUCAAAUCGGCAAAAGGUCGAGAAGGCUAGUAUCGACGAGGUCUUUCUUGACUUGUCCGGCCAAAUCCACGGCAUCCUGUUGGAGAGGUUCCCAGAGCUGGGUAACCCCCCGCCAUAUGACGACCCUUCAGAAAACCUACCAUUGCCUUCGAUCACGGCGCUCGAUUGGCAAGCAGAUGCAUUAGUUGAUCUUGACGAUAUUGAAGCUGAAGCAGACGACCCCGACUGGGAUGAUGUGGCCAUACUCAUUGGCUCAGAAAUCGUUCGGGAUAUACGAGCCGAGGUCCGCCAACAGCUUGGGUACACUUGCUCCGCUGGCAUAGCGAGUAAUAAGAUGCUCAGUAAGUUGGGUUCGGGUCACAAGAAGCCCAACCAACAGACAGUUAUACGCAACCGAGCGGUGCAGCACUUUCUGUCUGACAUGAAGUUCACCAAGAUCAGGAAUUUGGGAGGAAAGCUUGGCGAGCAGGUUGUCUCGACAUUUGACACGGAGACGAUCAAAGACCUACUGGAGAUACCCGUGGAGCAGAUAAAGCUCAAGCUAGGAGAUGAUACGGGGAUAUGGCUUUACAAUACCAUCCGUGGGAUUGAUGCUAGCGAGGUGAAUUCGCGCACACAAAUCAAAUCAAUGCUCUCGGCCAAAUCCUUCCGACCGAGCAUUAACAAUGUCGAACAGGCCUACAAGUGGCUCAGAAUCUUCGCGGCCGACAUUUUCUCGCGAUUGGUCGAGGAAGGGGUACUCGAGAAUAAGCGACGGCCCAAAACCAUUAACCUAUAUCACAGGCACGGAGGCCAGACGCGGUCACGCUCAACUGCUAUCCCCCAAGGGAAGAAGCUUGACGAGGCUACCUUGAUCGAUCUCGCCAAGAGCUUGAUGAAUCAAAUCGCCUCGGAGGGAAGAGUGUGGCCGUGUGCAAACCUAAGUCUAAGCGUCGGCGGGUUUGAGGAUGGUGUCGUAGGCAAUAUGGGCAUUGGCGCAUUUCUAGUGAAGGGCGACGAAGCAAAAGGACUCAAGACCCAAUCUGAUGCGUCAACACCAUCUUCUGAUAGGCCCGAGAAGAGAAGACGGGUCGAAGGGCCAAGUAUACAGAAUUUCUUCAAGAGAGAUUCGCCUUAUGGGGCCACGGAAGACAAUGACAGCAUCGAGGAUGCAGAUGAACACCAGACCCUCCGUAGUCUUGCGUCUCACGAUGCGGAAGACUCCAGAAAAGAGGCGGGGGAGACGGAUUUCGUUACGACGAAGAGCUCUGAGACCCGACAGUUGUCAAUCACAGACUACAUGUGCUCGCGCUGCAAUGCAGGUCUUGAGACUGCGGAGGCUCUCCAAAGUCACCUCGACUGGCACUUUGCGAAAGACCUUCAACAGGAGGAGGAACGUGGCAGGCCCGGAUUUGCCAGUCACACAUCGGUUCCAAGCGAUCAGAAGCAGAAGAAGCCCGGUGCACCAUCGUCGAAGAAGUCCUCGCGCGGUAGCAACAGUAAGCUCGAGCAGGGUCAGAGUAGGCUGAAAUUUGGAUGA